CCUGUUUUAAAACAAUCGAAAAUGAUUGGUUGUCGCUGAAUACAGACAGCGAGAAAACUAUUCUACAACGACAAACUGUAUAUGGACAAUAUCUGACGAUAUUCUAUGCGGUCUUCAUGCAAUUGACGGGUUUCCUCUAUAUGCUCAAGUCAAUCGUAUUGAUACUAAUAGAAGAAUCCUCGAACUCCACCAAAUUGGCUGUAUCGAAACUACCUUUUCGCGUGGAAUACGGCCAUAAGAUAGACCAACAUUUCUAUCCAAUACUGCUCCAUAGUUAUUUAACGAUAUUUUCUCACGUGACAGCCACAGUUGCGACGGAUACUUUGUACUUUGCUUUAAUCCAGCACGCCUGUGGGAUGUUUUCAGUUGUCGGACAUUCGCUGGAGCACAUCGGCAAAGAUAGUGACAGCAAUUUUAAUCUAAAGCCCGAGAAAACGGAAGAUGACAAUUACAAAAAAGCUUUGGACUGCUUGCGUAGGCAUCUCCAUGUAAUAGAAUUCGCCGAACUGAUUGAAUCAACGUUUACAAAUAUCUUUCUAAUCAGUAUAAGUUUAAAUAUGAUUGGCGGCAGUAUAUGCGGCAUACAGGUACUGAUAAAUUUGAACGACGCAAAGGAUAUAGUAGCACCACUUGCUAUAUACAUAGCUCAACUCAUCCAUAUGUUCCUACAGUUCUGGCAAGCGCAAUAUCUGUUGGAUUACAGCGCCAUUCCAUACGAGUCGAUUUGUAGAGGCAGUUGGUAUUACACAUCGAGAAGAUGUAGAAAGCUUUUGCUCUUAAUAAUGAAUAGGACUGUUUCACCGUGUAAGAUAACCGCUGGUAAAAUUAUGUCGUUAUCUAUCGAAAGUUUCGGUGUGGUUUUAAAAACAUCAUUGUCUUAUUUCACGAUGCUGCGUUCUUUCCACUGACGGUUUCGGCAUGCCUGUGCACACGCUCGGUUGAGCUUGAUGUAAAAUGUAAAAAUACUUAUUAACACAUGACCUAUCAUAAUAA